UCCAAACACAGAGAAAAACUCCUGCUGAAGCGACUGAUGUCCACACUGUUAUAAAGAUGGCGUUUAUUAAAGAGGAGAGUGAAGAUGUGAAGAUUGAAGAAACGUUCACAGUCAAACAGGAAGAUCUGCAGGAACAAACAGACCUAAUUGAAGAGCAUCAGGGGAGUAAAGAGGAGGAGCUUCAUGUCAAAAUUGAGGAAAAAACUAAUUUACAGACUGAUGGUAUUUUGAAAAGGAGAGAUAAGAAUCGUUGCACCUGCACUCAGUGUGGAAAGACGUUGGCAAGCAAAAGCAAACUUAAGAUUCACAUGAUGAACCACACUGGAGAGAAACCAUUCACUUGCACUCAGUGUGGGAAGAGUUUCAGCCAAUCAUCACACCUCAAUCGACACACGAGGAUCCACACUGGAGAGAAACCAUUCACAUGCAUUCUAUGUGGGAAGAGUUUUAACUGCUCAUCACACCUUAAUCUACACAUGAGGAUCCACACUGGAGAGAAACCAUUCACAUGCACUCGGUGUGGAAAGAAUUUUAGCCAAUCAUCAUCCCUUAAUCAGCACAUGAAGAUCCACACUGGAGACAAACCAUUUACAUGCACUCAGUGUGGAAAGAAUUUUAACUGCUCAUCACACCUUAAUCUACACAUGAGGAUCCACACUGGAGAGAAACCAUUCACAUGCACUCAAUGUGGGAAGAGUUUCAGCCAAUCAUCAUCCCUUAAUCUACACGUGAUGAUCCACACUGGAGAGAAACCAUUCACUUGCACUCAGUGUGGGAAGAGUUUCAGCUGCUCAUCAUCUCUUAAUAAACACAUGAGGAUCCACACUGGAGAAAAACCAUUCACAUGCACUCAGUGUAGGAAGAGUUUCAGCUGCUCAUCACUCCUUAAUCAACACAUGAGGAUCCACACUGGAGAGAAACCAUUCACAUGCACUCAGUGUGGAAAGAGUUUUAACUGCUUAUCACACCUUAAUAAACACAUGAGGGUCCAUACUGGAGAGAAACCAUUUACAUGCACUCAGUGUGGGAAGAGUUUCAGCCAAUCAUCAUCCCUUAAUCAACACAUGAGGAUCCACACUGGAGAGAAACCAUUCACUUGCACCCGGUGUGGGAAG